CUGUGCGUAAUGAAACACCUCCAAUAACUGCACUCUGACUCCUUCACUGUCAUGUAAACAAGACCCGGGGAGAAAAACGAACACGGACCGCCGAACAGCGGAAACGUGCAAAACGGACGCGCCUGCCGGCUAGCUUUUGCAGGAAAAGGAAGGCGAUAUGGCACAAAGGACGAACGCGAACUUGUUCAGCGGCCGCCGAAGCCAACACAGCACCCAAAAGGCAACCGAGAAGGCCUGAUAAACCCACCGGCCUUUCCUGCCCAACACCGCCUCCUUCCCUCCCCUCGUCGCACACCCCAGUUCGUGAACUCCCCCACCGCCCCCUCCUCUCGCCGCUCGCGCCUCACGCCUCCCUCGUGCCCGCCCCGCGCCGCGCCCCGCGGGAGCACGGCACCGCCGGCGGCCGGCAUUGCGGAGUGCCCGCGACACCCCGGCGACUCGGCGAGGUCAUGUUUCUGGGAGAUCACCCUAGAUUGAUAAUGGUUCAUCUGUUUCACUACUUUGGCAGCUUGUGAGAACAGGAGAACAGAGCCAUAGUUCCAAAGGAUGUGUAUUAAGUAUACAUUGUUUCUUUGGUUGUUGCUCCUUUUCUUCUGCGCCACUUGAAGGAAGAAGGUUGUCAGAUUAAAGAUUCCAAUAAAAACUGUGGGCAAUGGGAUCCCAUGGUUUGUUCACCUUGAUCCUACUUAUAUGUUUUAUCCCAAACUCUGCUUUGGGUGGAUAUAGUGAUAUAAGCACCCUGUUCAACCUGAGGGACGCACUCACUCAAGGGAAAGGAUUUCUCAGGAACUGGUUUGAUUCAGAAACACCCCCAUGCAACUGGUCAGGUAUAGCUUGUGUGGGGCAUACUGUUGUGAAAAUAGACUUAUCAUCUGUGCCAAUUUACACCCCACUCCCAUUAUGUGUCGGGUCAUUCCAAUCACUUGUUCUUCUCAACUUUAGUGGUUGUGGGUUUUCUGGUGAGCUCCCAGAUGUUUGGGGGAACUUGCACCAUCUCCGCUACCUUGACUUGAGCAGUAACCAGCUUACAGGGGUCCUUCCUGUCUCGUUAUAUGGACUGAAGAGAUUGCAAGAACUGGUGCUUGACAAUAAUUUCUUUUAUGGGCAAUUGAGUCCUGCUAUUGCACAGCUUCAGUACCUCAAGAAGCUAUCUGUAUCCAUGAAUUCCAUCUCCGGUGCCCUUCCUCCGGAGCUGGGCAGUCUGCAGAAUCUGGAGUUCCUGGACCUUCACAUGAAUGAAUUCAAUGGGUCAAUACCAGCAUCUUUGGGUAAUCUGUCUCGGCUCUUGCAUCUUGAUGCAAGCCAGAAUAAUCUUGGAGGGUCAAUAUUCCCAGGUAUAACUGCAAUGGCAAACCUUGUGACAGUUGAUCUCUCAUCAAAUGCCUUGGUGGGGCCACUACCUAGGGAGAUUGGUCAGCUACAGAAUCUCCAAUUGUUAAUAUUGGGGCAUAAUGGUUUCAGUGGAAGCAUUCCAGAAGAGAUUGGUGAAUUAAAGCUGCUGGAAGAGCUUAUACUCCCUGGAUGCAAACUCACAGGUAUCCCUUGGGAAGUUGGUGGUCUCAGAAGCUUAAAGCUACUUGAUAUAUCAGGGAACAAUUUCGAGACUGAACUCCCGGCAUCUAUUGGCAACCUGGGAAAUCUUUCUCGUCUGCUUGCAAAGGGUGCUGGGUUCAGUGGGAGUAUUCCGAGAGAGCUUGGUAGCUGCAAGAAGCUUAUGUAUGUUGAUCUGUCUACCAACUCCUUUUCUGGCUUUAUACCUGAAGAACUUGCAGGUUUAGAAGCCAUUGCCAAUUUUAAUGUGGGACAGAACAAUCUGUCUGGUCAUAUUCCAGAGUGGAUCCAGAACUGGGUGAAUCUUCGCUCCAUAUCGCUGGGUCAAAACAUGUUUUAUGGGCCCCUUCCAGUGUUGCCAUUGCAGCAUCUGGUUUCUUUCUCUGCAGAAACCAACAUGCUCUCUGGUUCUAUUCCUGUUGAGAUAUGCAAGGGCAAAUCGCUGCAGUCACUGCUAUUGCACAAUAAUAAUCUGACUGGGAAUAUCAUGGAGGCAUUUAAAGGGUGCAAAAACCUUACAGAACUUAACCUGCAAGGAAACCAUCUUCAUGGUGAGAUACCGCAGUACUUGUCUGAGCUACCACUAGUAAGUGUGGAAUUGUCCCAAAAUAACUUCACAGGGAAGCUGCCUGAAAAAUUGUGGGAAUCAUCAACUAUUCUUGCGAUCGCACUCAGCUACAAUCAGCUUACUGGCCCUAUACCUGAAAGCAUAGGUAGGCUCUCCACUUUGCAGAGGCUACAGAUCGACAGUAACUACUUGGAAGGACCUAUCCCACCGUCAAUUGGCACUUUAAGGAAUCUGACAACUCUCUCUUUACAUGGCAAUAGGCUUUCUGGGAACAUUCCACUAGAGCUCUUCAACUGCAGAAACCUUGUUACUCUGGACCUGAGCUCUAACAAUCUGUCUGGCCACAUCCCAAGGACCAUAUCUCAGUUGACAUUUCUCAACACCUUGAAUUUGUCUAGUAAUCGGCUGUCCGGUGCUAUACCUGCCGAGAUCUGUGUUGGAUUUGGGAAUGCAGCUCACCCAGACUCGGAAUUUAUUCAGCAUCACGGCUUGCUUGAUCUUUCAUACAACCGAUUGACCAGUCAUAUCCCAAUAGGGAUCAAGAAUUGUGCUAUGGUUACAGUGCUGAACCUGCAAGGAAAUAUGCUCGACGGCACCAUUCCACCAGAGCUUGGUGAACUGGCAAAUGUUACAGCCAUCUAUCUUUCUUAUAACACAUUAGUUGGUCCCAUGCUUCCCUGGUCUGCACCUUUACUACAACUGCAAGGUCUUUUUCUCUCGAAUAACCACUUAGGUGGCUCGAUUCCCACUGAUAUUGACCAAAUACUUCCCAAAAUUGCUAAGCUAGACUUAUCCAGUAAUGCAUUUACUGGAACUCUACCCGAGUCUUUACUCUGCAUUGAUGACCUAACCUAUUUGGAUGUCAGUAAUAACAGCCUCUCUGGACAAAUCCCAUUCUCUUGUCCUAAAGAUAAGGAAUCCUCAAGCUCACUGAUAUUCUUCAAUGGAAGCAGUAACCAUUUCUCAGGGAACCUGGAUCAGUCUAUUUCAAACUUCACAAAACUGUCUUCUCUUGAUAUCCACAACAAUAGCCUCACUGGAAGUUUGCCUUUUUCCCUUUCUGAUCUCAGUUAUUUGAACUAUCUGGACCUCUCUAGCAACAACUUCCAUGGUGCCAUCCCUUGUGGUAUCUGCAAUAUAUUUGGCCUCUCAUUUGCCAACUUCUCUGGUAAUCACAUUGGCAUGUACACCUUGGCAGAUUGUGCCGACGAAGGCUUUUGUGCUGGAAAUGGUUUUGAUCAUAAGAUGCUUCAUUCAUCGAAUCGAAGAGUUUCAAAAGCAGCAAUAAUCUGUGUCAGUAUAAUCAUUGUCGUCGUUGUCUUAGUUCUUCUGAUGGUUCUUCUGAGAUGGAAGCUAUUGAGAAACAAGCCAUUGGCUCUUGUACCUGCCAGCAAGGCCAAGGCUACUGUUGAGCCAACCUCAAGUGACGAACUCCUUGGGAAGAAGUUUCGGGAACCCCUGAGUAUCAAUCUUGCAACAUUUGAACAUGCUCUUCUGAGGGUCACUGCAGAUGACAUUCUGAAAGCCACUGAGAAUUUUAGUAAGGUGCACAUCAUAGGGGAUGGUGGGUUUGGCACUGUCUACAGGGCAGCACUUCCUGAAGGCCGGAGAGUUGCAAUCAAGAGGCUUCAUGGUGGUCAUCAGUUCCAAGGUGUUCGUGAGUUCCUGGCUGAAAUGGAGACAAUUGGAAAGGUGAAACAUCCUAAUCUGGUUCCUCUACUUGGCUACUGUGUUUGUGGUGAUGAACGGUUCCUGAUAUAUGAGUACAUGGAGAAUGGGAGUCUUGAAAUGUGGCUCAGGAACCGAGCUGAUGCCAUUGAAGUACUUGGAUGGCCAGACCGCCUGAAGAUCUGCCUCGGUUCUGCCCGUGGCCUUUCGUUCCUGCACCAUGGCUUUGUACCCCAUAUCAUCCACCGGGACAUGAAGUCAAGCAACAUUCUGUUGGAUGAGAACUUCGAGCCGAGAGUCUCUGACUUUGGCCUUGCAAGGAUAAUCAGUGCAUGCGAGACUCAUGUCAGCACUGACAUUGCUGGUACCUUUGGCUACAUACCUCCAGAGUACGGCAUGACUAUGAAAUCCUCUGCGAAAGGUGACGUCUAUAGCUUUGGUGUUGUAAUGCUGGAGCUGCUCACUGGGCGCCCACCUACAGGGCAAGAGGAUGGGGAAGGGGGUGGAAACCUAGUUGGCUGGGUGCGAUGGAUGAUGGCACAUGGUAAGGAGAAUGAACUAUUUGAUCCUUGUUUGCCAGUAUCAAGCUUGUGGAGAGAACAGAUGGCCCGUGUGCUUGCCAUUGCCAGGGACUGCACUGCCGACGAGCCAUGGAAGAGGCCAAGCAUGCUGGAAGUGGUGAAGGGCCUCAAGAUGGCCCAGACAAUGGAAUGUGGACCUCUGGUGGUGACAGUCACUAGGGAAGUGUAACGCAGGCAGCGAAUGUUUUCUUGCUAUUGAUGUAAUAAUGUAGGUUCCUUGUACCUGUAGAGUGAGCUAUCUGGUGACUGUAAUGAGAGAAACUAAUGCUGCUCUGUACGCUGUAGUUAGUGGUGUGACCUUUUAAUCUGGCCCCAAGCACUUUCUUGUAUUCAAAUGGCAAGAUGUGUUUCACAAGCUCGGAAGCUGUAGUGACUGAAGUUUCUCGUUUUUUCCUGUGUUGAAUUACUUGAUAUAAUUGCCAGUUCUAGAUUCAUUCUUAUCUAUGUUA